CUUAUUGAUGAAGCUCUCGAAACACUUCGAGCAGCCAAAAGUGAACCACGCAAAGCAUGGGCACCCUUCAGACAGCUGCUAACUCAGUUGAGUAGUCGAUCGAACCGGCGAUUACUGAUGGGCUUACAAAUGGCCGAUAUCGCGCCCGCACUUGCAACAUUCAGUCAUCGACUUAUACCUCUACCGGGACAGGAACACAAGAAUUUUGCUGACGUUGUAAUGUUAGAACGAAUCAGCAAGCAAACAGUUAUUUUGCCGACAAAAACGCGACCACGAAAACUAGUUUUUCAUGGAUCGGAUGGCAAAGAUUAUCCAUUUUUGUUCAAAGGCCAAGAAGAUUUGCAUCUGGACGAACGUAUCAUGCAGCUGUUACGCAUCUGUAAUAUGAUGCUGGCAGAAAAAGAAAGAGAUUGGCCCUCUUACACAGCUCAGCAUUAUUCGGUAACACCACUGGGCUCACGCUCGGGCCUUAUCGAAUGGGUUGAGGGAGCAACAUCCAUUUUUCAAGUCUACAGAAAAUGGCAACUCCGUCAGGCGCCUGCGAGUGAAAUUGAAAGACCAAGCGAACUUUUCAUGAAGAAACUAAAAGCAUAUUUCCUCGACAACAAAUUGCCAUUGCAAUCGCUUGCUGAUCGUCAAAAAUGGCCGCACACGGCGUUGAAGAAUGUUAUUCAGGUGCUGAUCGAUGAAACUCCAAAGGAUCUUCUUUCAAGGUUUUAUUCUUAUUCAACGAACAUUUCGUGCUUUUUCCCUCGGCAUUUAGUCCUGGACGAGAGCUGUGGUUUCGUGCUGGAAGCCCAGACACGUGGUUCCGUGUAA